AUGAACUGGAGUUUGUACGAAGACAUCGCCACCGCCUAUAUCAAAUCUGGAAAUGCUUCAGGCCUUGCCAAACUGGUAAAUUAUCUACUGCCAGAUGGGGAAGAAGAUGAAAUGAAAAGCGAAGUGAUUGAAUUAUCCGGUCAAAUAAUUGGGUCAAUUUUAAAAGAGAUUUGCGAACAAACACCUUCCGGACAGCUGGAAUUAAUUGAGCCUCUUUUAGAAGCUUUUCGUGAUCAGGGAUUGACCAUUUCUUUGAGCGUGGCCCAAUUUGUACGUGACAAAGUAUCAGAAGGCCAGUUGACUCCUGCUGCCGUUGAUCUCUUGGCUGAACUAACCUCGGGACAACUAAUUCCUGUACCGUUGAAUCCCUUGCCUAAGCGCCUUCAGUUGGGAACGAAUAGUCAGUCAAAUAAGAAAAACAUCAACAAAUUCUGUGCAUUCGCACGAGAGCGUAAAUUACAGGAAGCAUUGGCAUCGAAAAAGGAGCUGGAGGCUCGAAGUGUUUUUUUCAAGAUCGGAUUAAAUCUCUUGUUAAUGGACCUGUACGGCCAUCACGGACGUUUGGACGAGGCUCUCGAUUUAUUCUCUCGACUGCACAAGGACCCCGACCUUAUCAUCCUGCCUUCUAAAAUCAUGAAUCUCUCUGCUCAUCUGUUGAAAGGAGGUCGGCCAGUUGAUGCGAUUUGCGUUCUAGAAAAAUUGAAAGCUGAUCCGCAAGUGGCUGAAAAAAUCGAGUUGACGAGAUCCGUCAACGCAAGUGCUGUUCGACUGAUGGACGCCGCUGCCGAAAAUGGCAAUGUCGAAGUGAUUCAGAAAAUAUUCGACUGUCUGGAACAAUCGAAAGCCUUGAAAAUGAGUAGAGCCCUGUUUCACUGCCCUGCAUUCACUAGUCAAAGUCCAUGCUGUUCGAGAUGAUUGGGACAGUGCCCUAGCCGAGUUUGAUCGUUUGACAAAAGAGCGACGCUCGACACCUUGGAGCACCGAAUUAGCCGCCAGUUUGAUUG